AUGACUACUUUUUGCAAUAUUCCCAAAACUCCAAAUUUUUUCUCAUUUCUCAAAUUUGGCGAAUUAUGAGGUUCAAUAAGAGCGUUCUGUUUGAGCUUGUGCUGGUCGCAGCGUGUGUGCACGCCGUCCACAGCGUCAACAAGCACACGCACGCCGACGGCCGCGAGCGCGUCAUGUGGACGGUCGGCAUUGGCUCGAUUGGCGUCGCGGCCUUCCUCGGCGCCAUUGUCUACAGCGGCGAGACCAGUUUCAGCGACCUGCACAAGGUCGCCACCCGAGCUGGUGGCACUAUUGGCGUUGCAGGCCUGCUGCUGGGAUCGCUCAUCACGCUGGAUGUGCUCCGUCCGUAUGGCAAGGAGACCGAGCUGAUGGUGCUUGGAGCUGGCCUCGUUGCCGGAGUCGCCGUCUUCAUAACAAGUGAGAGCAACGAGCGCGCUCGCAAAUCCUUCCAAGUCGCAGUCAUGGCGAGCAUUAUUGUCGUCUCGCUCCUCAAGAUUGGCUCGAGCUCGGCUGCCAUCUACCUGCUCGCCAGUGUGCUCACGCUUGCCGCCGUCGAUCCCCUCAAGAAGCCACUCCGCGAUGCACUCAACAUUUCCGACGUCGACGUCUAUCACAUCAUGCUCACCCUCUCCGUCUAUCUGUUCGGCCUGGCCGUGAAGGCGUAAUUUUUUUUUUCGUUCGACGCUUUGGCUUUUGUGCAGUGGCUCAACGACAACCCUCGCUCGACCGUCAGACCAACUGGGUCUUGCCAUUGUCAGCGCCAUCAUCAAGUUCAGUGACGCUCGCGUCUCAUUCUGUGCAGGGUUUUUGUUCCAAAUACCAAUCUUCUCAAACCA